AUGAAUGAUCAGGCUGAAAAAACAGAUGUUAACACAGCUCUAUCUGUCAUUCAAUGCAACACAUCAGCUGCAACAUUCUUGGCCUCAGUUUCUUUGACUCUUUCUUCUCUAAUUGGGGCUUGGAUUGCCAAUAACUCCAAUAUUUUCUUCCAGAGUCAAUUGAUCUAUGGUGACACAAGUGCAACCACAAUUUCCAUCAAGUACAUUUCCUUACUAACAUGCUUUCUCCUUGCUUUUUCAUGCUUUAUUCAAUCAGCAAGACACUUUGUUCAUGCAAACUAUUUGAUAAGCAUACCAGAUAGUUUUGUUCCAAUUACUAGUGUCGAAUUAGCAGUCAUAAGAGAUGGUGAUUUCUGGUCUCUCGGUCUCUGA